UCGGAGCUAGGAGCGAAGAGUCACGCGAUGAUAUUCAAAUUCGUGGUUAUUUGUUUCCUCCUCGGCUUUGACGUUCGAGCCGAGGAUGGGUUUCGAAUGUCUCCCCGGGAAAUUGAUGGCGCUCGUUACUGCGACUUCGACGGUUCUCGAAAGAACUACGAUGCUACUGAUUUAUUAAAGUGUAUCGACGCGCUAGCCGCUGAUUUCGUCGGCCGAGAAAGCGAUCGUGGCGUCAAGAGUGGGAAAAGUCAGUGGAACGGGUCAACGGGCAGACGGAUCUCUUUCUCGGACGUUUUUGCCAAUCUAUUCAACGAGGACUCGUCAUUGCUGCAUCAGACCAGCACUUAUCCAGCGGAUACGACGUCUAGCCACUACCAAUCGAAUUAUCCGAUCACGUCAGGUGGAACGUUCAAUCUUUCGCCGGGAUUUCAGUUGAAUCUCUUCGACGCUCUGUCCUCGAUAUCCCGCCACGACGACUACAAGUGUGUGCCCAGGAUACUCUGCGAAAUGGCGAGUGGGAAACUACCCGGGAGAUCGUUGGCCAAACAAACCCCCGGUUUGUUCGAGUUCCUCGGAAAAAACGCUUUAACGGAAUGGCUGGCUACGGUUGACGUUGCGGGAGCAUCCCCGUGGCUCAACUUCGGUAGAGCGAUGAUUCUCGGUUAUAGCAACAGAGGAAACUCUCUGGCGUGUUACAGGGCUUUUCCAAAGUGCCCCAGAGACUCGAAUGAACUUGUGCAUUACCUCAACAACUACAACGGGGGGUUCUUUCGACUUUUCGGCAGGCUUCGAUUUGCGAAACAGCGGGAAUCCAAAGGUGAUUAUUCAAGGACGAGUACGGAACAAAGAAUAAUUAGUGGUGGCUCGAUACAGGCUGAUCGCCCCGAAGAAGUUGGACAUAAAGUUCAUUUCCCGAAUUACGAGCUGUUUAGAAGCAGCAAUGACAUCGCAUUUCCGAUCGAAACAGUCACGAACGACGAACCCGUGACAAACAGUGUCGUUAAUUAUGUGCAAAAGCCAGACGUGAAUUCUUGGCAAGACGCUGCGUUUUUCCCUCAGAAUGCGGUCAACAGGAGGUUCUCUCGAUUCCGGUUUCCCUGAAUUUUCAGAGGACUCGAAGUAAUAUUCUUAUUGUGGUCAUGAUUUAAAUUGGAAAACGAACUAAUUUUUGUGUUCCUG